AUGGCGCAAGUAUGCGGGGAGAAUUGUAGCUGUGGUAGUUGUACGAAGAAAUGGGUAGAUGCGAAGGAAAUUUUCGAGGGGAAGGGUACGGUCUUGCUGUGCGGAGAUAGUGACGAUUGGUUCGACGACGAGGACGAGGAGUUUGUGUUUACGAGAAACAACGAAUGGUUCGAGAGGGCGUGGAGCGACGGUGUUAAAGAACGCGACGAAAUGCUUCAUGGCUACAAGCAGCUUGACGAUCCGGACGAGGAGUUUGUCGAUUCGGCGGACGAGGAGUUUGUGUUGUUUAGCUGUGGCUAUGAUCAGUUACUCCAAAAACAUUGUGAGAACAAACAUUUUGAGAAGGACAGUGCUGAUAAAUUAGUAAAAGAAUGUGACUUUGUAGUGAAACAUGUUUAG